AUGUCAGGGCACCCACAAGAAGUACCAAAAGAGGAGGAGGCUAUUUUAAACUAUUUUCUAGAGGUGCGGAGCUUCCUGUCGCGGUUAAAAAAGAAUAGAGAACAGUACCUAAAUUCCAAAGAUGUAAUGUCGACGUAUCAAAAGGUUCUAACCAAAGUCAGAGAACUGGAUGAAAUCCGUAAGUCCAGCCACAAUAGUCCAGCUAGCAGUGCAACUACCCUUAUUCACAAUGUUGAACUGCACAAUCGAGUGGAUUCGGUGUUGGAUGAUGUAUUCCAAUUACUGUCAUUGAGCUUUCUUACAGUCGGACUCAAGAACUCAGCCCCAGCUACCUACGCCUCACUCAGCACUGUACAAAGAUUGUUGGAGCACUUAGAUGAGUCAAACGUCUUCACACACCAUGACUUGAGACCCAUUAAGGAACGUUUGGAUGAGAUCUCGGAGAUAGUGGCGAAAAAUUCCUACCGUAAUAAUGAUCGAAAUGAUGGGGGAACAAGUCCACAAGAGAGCGUCAUAGGUGACAUUGAUGAGGAGAAGACCAAGAACAAGAUCGAGGAGGAUUUAUUACUUCGUGCCAAAUUAAAACACUGUCUAGAAGAGUACGAACAUAUUGAGUCAAAAUUGGAGGAAAUCGAUCCUGCUCUCCAGAGUACUGUUGAGAAACUAUUCCAGAUCAGACGUGGUCUCCUCUCACUUGCAGCAUCUACAAAGAGAGAUGCCAUAUCAAAACAGGAUAAAGUCAUCACUCAUACUUUAUCACAAGAAUCUGUUAGCGACAAGUUGAAUGUAUUAGAGAAAGAGCUAAGUGAAUUGGAAUCUCACAGAGACUCUACAGGUAAGUUCAAGUCGUUGGAGACCGACGAAGUGGUUGAAAAAGGUCAAAAUGUACUCAAUGGUCUACUCGAUGAUUGUCACGAUUUGAUACAUGAUUUAUCCCAUCAAGCAAGUGGUGGGAUUUCUUUAGACCCAAUGUUGCAACCAAUUUAUGACAAUCUCAUUGAAAUAAAGACAACCCUUGAGAAUUUACUGGUAACUCGUCGUUGGACUUUGAGAGAAACAGAUUUGUUUACAUAUCAAAAAAAAUUGGCGGAAAUUGACCAAAUGAGAGUAAAUGGUAAGUUCCCAACAACUACUGGGGAUUCCAAGGGCCAAGCUAUUCUUCUCUACUUGUUGCGGAGAUGUUACGCAAUUAUUUACAAAUUGCUUGAAUGUUCAGAACCUGUUUCUGAAGCCCUACAAAGAGUUCACAAUCAAUUGUCAACGGUACGCAGGUGUCUACUGGAAUUAAAAAGAAUGGGUGGCGUCAAUAAUGAUAGAGAACUAUAUCCAUACCAGAUGAAGUUGGCUUCCCUUGAUAACAUGCGCGUUGACGGAAAGUUCUAUGACUCCGAUGGUAACAUUCCCGAGGGUCAAGGUACCCUCAAUGCACUUCUUGCAGAAUGCUUUGAUAUUUUGCAUGAGUUAAAGAUGGAGGCCGAAGAACGCGAGGAAGAAUGUCCGAACGCAGAUGAUGACGAAGACUCGAAUACCGAGCUAACCAAGGACCCUAGCACAAGAGAUGUGGGAGAAGACCGUUCGAAUCCCUCGCUACCUAAGGCUCGAUACUUAAACUCAACGAAAUCGUACGAAGAUGACGAAGAGGAUGAAGAGUACACGACCAACUACAGUGAGCACAGUUACGAAGAUGAUGACGAUGAAUACACUACCACAAGCCAUGCCGAAGAUUAG